GUCUGGACAGGAUCUUUUCUAUAUAUAUAUAUAUAUAUAUAUAUAUAUAUAUAUAUAUAUAUAUGUUCUCUAGGGGAGUAAACCAUUUGAUGCUCAGGGGAUCUAUUCUCCCCUUUUCGGUGGCAAGAGAUACUCCUAUCAUCAGUCAUCUUGCUUUCGCUGAUGAUUUGUUCAUAUUCCUUAAUGGCUCCUCCUCUUCGUUGCGGGAAUUCAGAAUAUUCCUAGAAGCUUAUCAAGAAGCUACUGGCCUACAGGAAGCAUACUCAUGCAAAUUGUGGUGGAAUUGGAAGAUGAGGAAUUCUCUCUGGUCUCAUUUCAUGCAUCGACGCUAUCCUAGAGGUGAUAACAUGAUACCCAAACUCCCUGAUUCUCCCGUCUGGCGCAGAAUUUGCAGCAUCCAUAACCAAUGUCUAGAAUUCACUCAUGUCGCGACGGACGGCACUCCGAUAUGGUCUCUUUCUUCUGAUGGGUCUUCUCAUUAGCUUCUGCUUACGAGGGCCUUAGAGAGAGAAAAGGAUCAACCCUCUCCUUCACACAAACAUGGCACCCAAAACAGUAUUCUUCCAUUAAAUUAUUCUUAUGGAAACUCUUCCCAUAACAUUCUUCCCUUUCCCAACAAUUUGAGUAGGAUGCAGACGCUCUUAGCUUCAAUGUGUCCUAUUUGCUUAAACGCUUCAGCGGAAAUGGACGACUAUCUUUUCUCUUGUGUAUUUGCAACGGAAAUUUGGAACUACUUCAUGGGCAUAUUCCUUAUACCCAGACCUGCUCCUAAAACCUCCCUUAGAGAGGUCAUUUUUGCUUGGUGGUUACACUCAAGUAAUAACAAGCUUGAAAAUCUAUUUCUGAAGAUUCUUCCAGGUGCUAUUGCGUGGUUCUUGUGGAAGAUUUAUGCUGAAGUUAACUGGGAGCUUCUCACGUUCCUUCUUCAAAACAAAUCAUUUCACGUGUACAAUAUCACAUGUGGACCUGGGCUCAUUUCUUACACAACACCAAAUAUGCAAUUCAAAUUCCCUUACUACUCCAAGAGCGCAUGAUCCCGCUUUGGUCCAGCAAACUCAAAAUAGCCCGAUGGUUUAAACUGCUCCAUGGCUACAAAAUUAACAUCCAUACGUCAGGUUACAGAAGCGGUGCACUCUCUUUUGAAUCUCCUGGUCAAUCUACUCUCUUAUCCGAGCUUCGGGGGAAUAUUUACUAUGCUGUCAUGGACAUGCAAUAAUGACUACCACACUUAUACGAUGGAAAUUGAUUCAUUAUCUAGUUUCAUACUUCUAACCAGGCGACACAUGACGAGUAUAAGGGAAAUUAACAAAUUUGUUGAGGAGAUUCUUGACAUUGCUUGUUCCCAUGGAGUAACUUUCAAUUAUUGUUAACUCAAGUUAAUGUUGCUUAUCUUUUAUGUAAUUUGAUUUCCACGCCAAACUUUACUCACAUUACUAGCUCUCUUGUUCUUCACCUUCGUAUUCGAGGAGCUCUGAUUUUAGACUCUCAUAGCUUUCCUCAUGUACUUCACACUUUGGGGUACUGAUUCACAGGUGAGACCCACACUUUUCUGGUGCGCUGGUGAACAGGAACUCCGGUGGUGCUGUGGUGCCUUAUGGAAGUCCUCGAAGGCGGCGUCCUUUGAUUUCUUGGUCGGAGGUCCAGGCCGGAAUACAGAGAAAUAAGUUUGACCUGAGUUGCUGUCUGAUACAUCCUCAUGGGGUCCGCUGGUUCUAAUUACUGCUGGUUUAUGCUUCAGAUGUUGACCGUUGAGUCUCGCUCUCGUCUUUCCCUUCUCAUUCACAACCAGGGUAAAAAUCCUCCGGUUACUGUAGCAGUUGUCGUCCUCGUAAGUGACGCCGGAAAGGUUGGGGAUCUCUUACAGCCGGAGGACAGGUGGAUAGGGACGCUUGUCAAUGGCCUGUAGAGCUUCCAGAAUGUUAAGGGUCCUGCUGCUUUCUUCGCUGCUUCACAAAGUUUGCAGAUGGCCAUUUUCCAAGUGGGAUGGUGUUUUCCGUGGCAGCGCCGAGGGAGGGAAGUCCUGGAGCAGGUUCUCAUGCGGCCAACCCGCCAAGCUGCUUCGUUACGAAUCCUGACGCGUGUACAGUGACUGUUGGACAGGCUGUCACAGUCAACUUUCGAAUUUUGAAGGGAGUGUUUGUGAUUGCUUCUACUUUAAAAAUGUGUUUUUUAAAGUGAUUUUAGAUAAAGUGGUUAAUAGUAAAAGUUGGUAGCGUUUGAGAAAAAAGUGCUUCUGAAAAAGUAAAAGUUGGUAGUGUUUGAUAAAGUAAGUGCGUUUUGUGUAAUAGAAAAAGUGAAAAGCAGUUUAAAGCACUCAUCAACCUGCUUUCAACUUUUAGCUUUUAAGUGUUUAAUUUAAUUUACGCAAAGUUGUCAUUUGAAAACACCAAUUUUGAAAUCUGCUUGGUUUUCCGCGUGAUGAUGCGGCGCGGGAUGGAAUGCGACGCUGGGCUGGGCGAGUUGGGCUGAUCCGGGAACUUGGUCAUCUGGGAAGCUACUGCACUGAUGGGCUUCGGCUGCAAGCUACUGGACUUCUUUGCUGAUGCGGGAAGGCUGAUGCUCCUUCACUGGACCAGACACCUGACUGCUGGGAUCUGUUUUUGCUGGGCUUUGGCUAGGGACGGGGUUUUCACUGGUCCGAAACUAGUUUGGAUCUGCUUUUUGAUUUAUUGAUUUACUGUUUUUUACGUUUAAAAACUCACUCUCUGCCCCUUUCCGAAAGUUGGGGGGAGAGGGGCGUUAGUUACAAUUUUUGCCUAGUUUAGCUAGCAUAGAUAGUUUUGAUAAAUUGAUACAUGGUAGAUUCUAUGGUACCCAUAAGGUACCAUACCUUUGUAUACAUGGACCAAUGAGAAUGUAGCAGUUGAAUUAUUUAAAUCUAAAUUAAAAAUGAUAAAGUGAUAUGG